UCGGAAAUCAGACGGGUCGCCGAUUGAAUACCGUAAUUAUGUUGAGUGGAAAUAUUUUAAAUAAAUUUUUAAAUAUUAGUUAAAUAUUAAUUUACCCUUCUAAAGGACGAAAUUCGUUUAGUAGUUGAUAUAAAAUUUUAUUACUAACAAUUAUUGUGAACGUCGUUUAGCCAGCUUUCACGAAACCUUUUCUAUUGAAUUGUUUUAUGGGAAAAAUCGUCGAAGCAUAGCAGAAGGGAUUUGUUUUCAAAUCGCGCACGAGGUUUUUGAUGUUUACCUUUCUUGGUAACGAAGGUGUUCUAUGUUUUCGCUUAGACAUUACUUCGAAUCGAUAUUAAAGAAGAAACACAUUUUGGAUAAAUGAUAGUGCUUAUUUUGUGAAUCUCAUGACAAACGAAAUUGUAAUGGGAUCAACUUGCUGAUAAACGCCGUUCUGUUUCGACUGUUAUAAAAUUAGGCACAAACAAUGUCAAAAUUUGGUGGAAAGAAAUGUCGACUUUUGUCGAUGUUAUGGCUGACAGGGACGUUCUUUUUUGUGGAACUAAUCGUGGGAUAUAUGACAAACUCCAUGGCUCUGGUUGCAGACUCAUUCCACAUGUUGAGUGAUGUUGCUGCUCUUGUAAUAGCAUUCUUAUCAGUAAAGAUGUCACCAAAGAAAUGGUCAAAGAAUACGUUUGGCUGGGCGCGAGCGGAGGUGCUUGGUGCCCUCGUGAACGCAGUAUUCCUAGUGGCGCUAUGCUUCAGCAUAACAGUUGAGGCUGUUCAGAGAUUCAUUAAGCCGGAGAUCAUACACAACGCACAGCUGUUGGUGGCUGUGGGAACGCUCGGUUUAAUACUGAACAUAGUGGGACUGUUCUUGUUUCACGAACACGGCAGCAGCCACGGUCACACCCACGGCGGGGUACCACCGCCGGCCAACGUGCGACAUCUCACCGAAAUAGUUAACAGCAAUGCGGACAUGGCAUUAGGUCACGCAGCGACCGACACCGAGGAAACAGAUGAAAUGGUACCGCCGAAGGUAGACAAGAUACCAAGCAAGCAAGCCCCGCGAGCGAAUUCAGACCCUGGACAUCUGAACAUGAAGGGCGUCUUUCUUCACGUGUUAUCUGAUGCUUUAGGUUCUCUGAUAGUCGUGUGCUCGGCACUAGUCGUUUGGCUUACGGAUUGGAAGUACAAAUUCUACAUCGAUCCGGCGCUCAGUAUAGUUCUAGUCAUCUUGAUCCUCGCAUCAGUGUGGCCUCUGCUGAGAGAAUCUGCCCUUAUCCUGUUACAGACUGUUCCUACGCAUAUACAGGUGGACGCGAUUCAAAGGCGCCUUCUAGAGAAGGUGGACGGAGUGCUCGCGGUCCACGAAUUUCACGUUUGGCAGCUAGCAGGCGAUAGGAUCAUUGCUAGCGCUCAUAUAAGGUGUAGAAACUUAUCAGAGUACAUGAAGAUAGCUGAAAAGGUGAAAGAGUUCUUCCACAACGAGGGUAUUCAUUCGACGACAAUACAGCCUGAGUUUGUGGAAUUGCCUUUAGAUGGAAAUGAGAUAAUAAGCGGCGCAUCAGCCGAAGCACCGUGCGCGCUGCACUGUCCGCCCAACGACCUCUGCCACAACGCGACUUGCUGCGGGCCCAACCAACAAUUUUACAGUUUAGAAAGGAUAAGGGUUCGAUAAAUCUUUUUCAAGGAGAUACGGCCGCUGAAUGUGAGCAUCAAACUGACUACCUCCGACAACGAAGUUUUGAAGAAUUAAUUGUAAUAAACUUAAAGAACUUAGUUUUAACUUUAGUUAGGGAGCCGGUGAUAACAUUAUUUAUAUUUCGGGAAUGCUCAAAUACAUUAUUAGUAAAAGUCACUUUGUUACUUCACGUUGACACUUAUAUGAAUUAAAUAAUAGAUGUUCAAAAUGGCAGUUGUUAGAAAGUGUCCUAUGAAAACUAAAUUUUCUCUCUCCGGCUUGGUCAAAAAAUAUUUAACAAACAUUAUUUUUAUAUGAUGUUUAGAUAAUGGUGCCAAUUCUGAUAAGUCUCCAAACCAAAUUAAAUUCUGAAAAUAGUUGUACAAACAUUGUGACGAGGAAAGGAAUAAUUUUACACCUGUUAAUUUAGUUUAGAUUCGAGAUUUGUGUGCAACAGAAUUGGCACCAGUUGUCUUAAAUAUAGCUUAUUCUAGCUUAUCUCACAUUAUAGAACAAUUGAUAAUAAUAGAAUGAUCUGUCGAUUACUGUCAUAAGGAUAUGCGCCCAACAAGGACCACCCCAUUAAUAUUUAUAUUUAUAAAUUGGGCAACCAGAUAUUAAAAUAAGUAUAUUUGAGAAGUAUGCAAUAUUUUGAUGAAUAAAGCCUUGAUUCGAAUGGCAUAGAAAAACCAGUGAGGAAUAAAUAUUGUUAGCUAAUAAGUUCUCGGAUACCAGGGCCAAUUCUUUUGUACAAAAAUAAACUCUAACUAAACUACAUUGAGGGGUCUAUAAGAUUGCUAUCCUUUUUCACAACAAAUAUAGUAUAGCCUGAGUGUGUGGAUGGCAUGACUACUUUGAUACUUGCCAAUUUAGUUUAGUUAAGAGAUUUGUUUCCAACAGUACUCUUAGUAUUUGAAUUCAAAUAUUAUACCGUCACAGUAAAAUGGGCUUAAUAUUACUGGAUUUAUAUAUCCAAAUUCUGUACUGCAGAUAUUUAUUGUUAAAAUUCUGCCGAAAGCACAAGCUCAAGAGGUCAUAUUUCAGCUUUAAAACAGUAUCUGUAAAAUCCAUUUUGCUCUGUCAUUUAACAGUUUCGAUAGUCGAAAAUGGCCCUUAGAUUGUGAGCAUACUAUCUCGUACUUCGGAUACUGAAUUGGCAGUAUUAUACACAGUGAUUUUUUUAUCGCCGUACAUCGUCAGCCACUUACAACUUACCCGUUUUACAGUAACUCAAAGCAAUUUAUAAAAUAAUUGGAGAUUACUACAGCAGUGGUAAAGAAUCAUAAUAUAACAAAAAGACUGGUGUUCAAAGAAAAAAAAAUACCGAUUACAUUAUGGUUCCAUUAACGUCAAUGAACUAUCCCUAUGUAUUUAAUUUUGAAAAAUAAUGUUAUUUUUGUACAAUUUACACAUCAAGAAGUGUGAUAUUUUGUAAAUUGUUGUUAAAUCGUUUUAAUGUUGACUGUACAAAUCGUAUUUAAUGUUGUAUAUAUACCUCAA